AAAGAACAGAAAUGCUGAGGAAAGGGCCAUGGACACAGGAAGAAGAUGAGCUGUUAUCGAGUUAUAUCAGUAGAGAAGGGGUAUGUCGGUGGCGGAUAUUACCCAAGAAGGCAGGACUCCUUCGCUGUGGGAAGAGCUGCCGCCUUAGAUGGAUGAACUACCUUCGCCCUUCCAUCAAACGUGGACACAUUUCCCCUGAUGAAGACGACCUCAUUCUCCGUCUCCAUAGGCUACUUGGUAACCGGUGGUCACUAAUAGCUGGAAGAAUUCCUGGUCGUACAGAUAACGAGAUUAAAAACUAUUGGAACACUCAUCUCAGCAAGAAGUUGAUCAGCCAAGGGAUUGAUCCAAAAACUCAUAAACCAAUAUCAUCUCCACUAUCAUUUUCUGUAAACACCAAAUACAACCACAUUCACUCAUCUUCUUCAGCAAUGCGACCACAAGCAGUUUCACCGCAUUUCCCUGAAAACAACCCAAACCCAAAGUCCACCAAAACCAGUGAUCAAAUGAAUCAGUACUAUGACAAUGACGGCAAAGAUAAACAAGAUAUUACGCUUGGCUACUCACCUGGUGAUGCUUUCUCUUCCUUCUUGGAUUCACUGAUUAAUGAAGAAAUGUGUAACGAACAAAUCCUGAUUUCUCAAUUAAAGAAUGAUGAUGUCAAGAACUUCAAUGGCGAUGUUGUGAUGUAAUAUCAACCCAAAUGACUACAUUUAUGGAUGAUUGUUAUUUCUGGAUUGUCAUAGUGAAUGACAGUUUUAAGUUUAUAAAAAUACACGAAUCAAUUGAGAUCC